AUGGAGGGUACUGGGAGCCCAUUUAUGGAUAAUACGCCAUCAUCGUCGCCCAUCAAGAAGUCGCAGUCGGCCAACCGGGUUGCAAAGAGGCCAAUAUCCGGCUCUUCUUCAGCUUCAUCGCUGCUUUCGUCGCCCGUCAGGCGACCAAGGUCGAGCAACACAUAUACGGAUCGGCUUAUGCCUAACCGCACCAACAUGGACCUGAAUACUGUGCUGUCGAUCGGGUGCACUUCAAGUUUGACGUAUGUAUCGGCUGCGACAUCUGACAACCAGCUGGAGUUCCAAAAGGAACGACAGGCUCACCAGACUUUCGAUACCAUCUUGAAGAAUGAGCUGUUUGGCGACCGGCUGUCGCAGGAUGCAGACGCGAACGAGGACAACAUCGAGAGAAUCCAUUACACUGCGUCACGCAGUGCCGAGGGGCCCAGUACGCCCCCGAAGUCAAAUUCAUCAGACCACUCGACCUCAUCUGCACCGACCACGCCCAAGAGACUGACAUUUGCGGGUGGAGAUGGGCUCCAGAGGCCAAUGUCUAAUAACGUGCGUGCAGCGAGCCUGCUCACCUAUAGAGAGCGGAACGGGACACGGAACUCGACGGCGUCGCUAAUUCACAACCAGUUUCUCAACUCUGUCUCUCCAGUGCGUCCUGACACGCAGCGCCUGCUGCUCUCACCGGGGAAGAAACUGCGAGAGAUCGCCAAAGUGCCAUAUCGUGUGCUGGACGCACCAUCUCUUGCCGACGAUUUUUAUUACGACCUCAUAGACUGGUCGAGCACAGACAUGCUUGCGGUUGCCCUAGGGAAGACUGUCUUUUUGACUGAUGAUAAUAGUAAUGAGGUUGUACAGCUCUGCGAAACGGAUGACGAGUACACGAGUUUAAGCUGGGUAAAUUCAGGUUCACAUUUAGCAGUAGGCCUUGGCAAUGGCCUGGUGGAAUUGCACGACGUGGUAAAACAGAAAUGUAUAAGGACUCUCUCUGGGCAUCUAGAUCGUGUGGCGUGUUUGUCUUGGAACCAACAUAUACUUUCUUCUGGAAGUAGGGACCACAAGAUACUCCAUAGGGAUGUGAGGAUGCCAGAACACUAUUUUGAGACGGCCAAUACACAUUCCCAGGAGGUUUGUGGGCUGAAGUGGAACGUAGAUGAAAAUAGGCUGGCUUCAGGCGGAAAUGAUAACGUUGUAUAUGUCUACGAUGGACCGUCAAAAAAACCAGUGCUUAAAUUUACGGAGCACAACGCUGCUGUGAAGGCCAUGGCAUGGUCACCACACAGGCGAGCUACAUUAGCUACGGGCGGUGGUACUGCAGAUCGCAGGCUGAAGAUUUGGAAUGUAAACUCCGGCGUUAGACUUAAUGAUGUGGAUACAGGUUCUCAAGUCUGCAAUAUGGUCUGGUCUAAGAACACGGAUGAGAUAGUGACAUCUCAUGGCUAUUCGAAGUUCAAUUUAACUCUAUGGGAUUGCCCUACAUUGGAGCCACUGGCUGUAUUAAAGGGACAUAGUUUUAGAGUCCUACAUUUAACUCUCUCUACAGAUGGGACGACAAUCGUCUCCGGGGCGGGUGACGAAACGUUAAGAUAUUGGAAGCUCUUCGGUAAAUCUAAAUUUGGUAACCAGUCAGACUCUGUUCUAACUUCUGCGUUUAGCAAGCUAAGAUAA